AUGCCGUUAAUAAUAGUAACGGGCUUCCCCACGUCCGGCAAAACCACGCGCGCAAAGCAACUCUACAGCUUCCUCGAGGAGCGCAUAUCCGCUCCUACUUCUACCUCAACCUCUCCCUCUACCCCCGCAACCACAACCACAGCCACCCCGCCCAAGUACCGCCUGCACCUGAUAUCAGACCAGACGCUCUCGAUCCCGCGCUCGGUGUACGACCUCUCGUCGACGCCGGCGCACGCGCGGUCCGCGAACGCGUCGGAGAAGGACGCCCGCGCCAGCAUCUACGGCGCGGUCAAGCGCGCGCUGAGCGACCGCGACAUCGUCGUCCUCGACGGCCUGAACUACAUCAAGGGCUGGCGGUACCAGCUCUUCUGCGAGUCCAAGGCCGUGCGCACGCCCAGCUGCGUGCUGCAGAUCGGGUGCGACAGGGAGCGCGCCAAGGCCGUUAACGAGGAGAGGCUGAGAAGAAGGCGGGAUGGCGUCGGGGCUUGGAGUGGUAAUGAGAAUGGUGAGGAAACUAAUGGACUUAAGCAGGAAGAUGAGGAUGGGGAUAUAGAAGGCCCUUACGAGCCGGCGAAUUGGGAGAACCUUGUUUUUCGGUACGAGGAGCCGAACCCGAUGACGAGGUGGGAUAGCCCGCUUUUCACGCUCAUAUGGGAAGAUGAUGAAGCGCGAGCGAGACAGGUCUUCGAGAGUAUGUGGGACACGAUCGCGGGCGAGGCGCGGAAAGUGGUGAGGCCGAAUCAGGCGACGGUGCAGCGGAGUCGAGAUGCGGGAGGUGAUUAUCUAUACAUCCUCGACAAGGAGACGCAAGAGAUUGUCAAGAGGAUAUUAGACCAGCAAAGUGACGACGGUGGGGAUGAGAUUAGUAUUUCUAGAGGUAGUGGUGGUGACGCUGACGAGUUGGUCGUGGAAUUACCCGCUGGGAAGAAAAUCGGGUUGCCUCAACUACAACGUUUACGAAGGGCCUAUAUGGGCUUACACAGGGGUGGUAUUGGUCUCGAGGGGGUAGGGAAUAUGGGGCCAGAGAGAAUACGAGAGACAUUCGUGGGUUAUCUCAAUGACGCUUUUGAAAAGGAUGGCUAA